AUGAAAAAGAGACGAAGAGGCGAGGUCGGAUCCAAAAAACGAGGCUCAACUGGUGCGCUGCGCUCACCUGGGUACGAUGAGAGCAGCGAUGCAGACGCGGCGACGCCGAUCGUCCGACCCCAGGAGAGCGACGAAGAGAACUCGCACCUCCCGUCGUUUGUGCUAGACUCUAUCUUGAAGGUAUUUUCGACGCACUGCACUCCAAACUACUCCCUACCGUGGCAGAUGCGGAAGCAGGAAUAUUCGACAUCGUCUGGGUUCAUCAUCGACGGAAAUCGCAUUCUAACCAACGCGCACUCUGUGGAGAACUUUACGGUAGUUCGCGUAAAGAAGCGCGGCUCUGCGGAAAAGGUCACUGCGCGUGUCGUCGCUAUCGGCGACGAGUGCGAUAUCGCGCUGCUUACCGUGGACGACCCCACGUUCUUCGAAGAUACAUGCCCGUUAUCGUUAGGAAGUUUGCCUCAGUUGCAGGACCGUGUUACCGUUGUCGGAUACCCGAUAGGGGGUGAAUCGAUCUCAGUGACCGAGGGGGUCGUCUCGCGUAUCGAAAUACAGCAGUAUGCGCACGGCGCUACUGAACUUCUGAGCGUCCAGAUCGAUGCGGCCAUUAACCCGGGGAAUAGCGGCGGGCCCGCUCUUAACGCUCGCCUCGAGUGCAUCGGGAUAGCGUUUCAGAGCCUCAGCGCUCGUGAGGCCGAAAACGUUGGCUACGUCAUACCGACGCCGGUGGUGAAUCACUUUCUAACGGACGUGCAGCGGAACGGCCGGUACACCGGAUUCUGCUCAGCCGGCAUCGAUUGGCAGGCAUUGGAGAACUCAGCACUGCGUCGAUUUCUCGGCAUGGACGCCUCUGAAACCGGGGUUCUCCUGCGUCGCAUUCAUCCGUUAUCAGGUGCUACGGCAGUUUUACAGAAGAACGAUGUCUUGCUCGAAUUCGAAGGAAAUCGGAUCGGGAAUGACGGCACGGUGCAGUUUCGAAAGAAUGAGCGGAUCAACUUCAACUUUCUCGUGAAAGAGAAAUAUGUCGGAGACGAGUGCGAUCUGCGCAUUUUGCGAGGCAAAACACGUCUCGACGUGCGAUACAAAUUGGAUGAGAGCUCUUCUUCCCAGCUUGUGCCCGUGCAUGAAAAACGGCGUCAGCCGGAGUACCUUGUCGUCGCGGGCUUGGUGUUCGUGGUGCUCACCGAGCCGUACCUCCGCAGCGAGUACGGUGAGCGAUUUGAGUUUGAGGCGCCGGUGAAACUUUUGAACAAACUCAUGCACGGUGAGAAAAAAUUCCCGAACGAGCAGGUCGUUAUCCUGUCACAUGUCAUCCAUCAUGAAAUAACGACCGGUUAUCAGUCCCUGAACAAUCUGCAGCUCUUACGCUUUAACGAUAUCGAGGUUCGCAAUCUCGCCCAUUUGGCGGAACUUGUCAGCAAAUUUGAGGGCGUUUUCAUGCGCUUUCACCUGGACUACGAAGAAUUAGUCGUUGUUGAGACCGAGACUUCCCGGCGAUGCACAGCGGAGAUCUUGACGCAGCAUUGUAUUCCCUCGGAUCGAUCGAUUCGGUGUGAAGAGGAGGUUUCCGAGGUCGAUCAGAUUUCCAUGGCCGAAGUGCGCCGCCUCGCUGAACAGAGCGAACGCGCUGAGGCCUCUGCUGCUGCCGAUGUGUCAUCCAAAGCGAAGCAGUCAGACCAGACGAAAGAAGAGCCAACGGAAGAGGCGGAAGCAGAGGGCCGCUCGCCCUCGCGACGGGCACCUCGUCGCGGCCGGCGCACUGGGCUCCGCCACGUCACCGAUGAACCGUAA